CAUUGCCGGAUUCGUACUGGCCUGAAGAAUAAAAGUAACUUUAGAAAAAAAACGGAAAAUUGCUUGGUCAUGAAAGGGGUAAAGUCCAAACUGCACCAAACAAUGAAGUUCUGAUCUAAUAUACAGGUAGGAAAAAUACAGACACUUUAGUAAGGAGCAAUUUAGUAAUGCACAUUCCCCAGGUCAAAAAGAGGGACAUUUAAGGAUCAAAGAGGGACUUGGGUCAAAAAAGAGGGACACUUGGGAGGCAUGAUCCACUGUGAGGGAUAUGUGGCGUACUGCACCUUUAAGGCAGGGGAUUCCCGCCAGUGCGGGUUGGCUGUGGCCGGUCACUUGGUGCUGUGAGAAGACGGAAGUGCUGAGUGCGCUGUGUACACAGACACUAGGCUGUCACAUGCCGAGAAGCACCUUUAUACUUCUUGCUGUCACAUUUUCUCGGUGACAAUAGUCGGUGUAUCUGCAGAAAGCCGUGUGCCCGCUGUGUGCCAUCAGAGCCUGCCUUCCGGGUGACUACGCCUGUUAUCUCAGUAUUCCACAAAACGCGCUGCCUCGGAUGGUUUACUUUCUUUAGAAGAUGAAGUGUUGCAAUUGUGGCCAUGAACCUCCUGAAGAAAAGGCCAAGUUCUGCAGUAUGUGUGGAAAAUCCAUGCAACCACCGGCCCCUAUCAGUACAGCAAUCCAAGAGGAUACAAACAAGAAUUCGAUCCUUCAGUCUGAGAUUGAAAUGGAGCCUGGGAAAGAACUGGUAUUAGAUGAAAGCAAAAUACCUGCCUGUAUCGAGCCAACAAGUAUAGCUGAGCAUGAGCCUCCAUCACUGGGAGACACUGCUCCACCAAGCAAGAAAAGGAAGAAAAAAAACAAGAAGAAAAAAGGAAUGUCGGGUCAAACUGAAUUUAUGUCUCUUCCUGCAACAAUGAAUGAAUGCCGAGACACUGAUAGUCAUAAUGAUGAAGAUGAGUGUAAGAGCCUUGAGGUGUCUACUGAAAACAACACUUCUUUAUCUACAUCAGCAAAAGUAAUUUCAGGUAACACUGCCACGUUAGCUGUAAAGACCGUUUCAGAGGUAAAGGAUUCUAACCUAAUAACCAAAGAAAUACAAGGAUCAAUGGAAACAAAAGAACAUGAACUUCUACAGUGUAACCAGAUGGAAUAUUCAGAGGACAAAAAUGGAAAUGAAGAGCCCAACAACAAGGAACUGAUUCAUAAUGUGACCAAAUCUACUGGCAACCAAGUGAUAUCAGAUGAUAGAACUACAAUAGAAAAACUGAAGGAAAAUGAAAGUAGCAACAAGAAAAAAACUAAUCAUAAGCAAACCACAACGGAGGCGGAAAAUGUGACUACUAGCCAUAGUGUGGCACCAAAUGAUGGCACCACAAGCAAUGAAAGCUCCAGUAAUAAGGACAAGGUCACUGAUCAGGUCAUCGGACAGACGUCCAAACAUCUGAAUACUGGGCCUGAUAAAAAAGGGGAUGAUGUGAGCACGAGCUUAGACUCUGAAAGUAAGAACAAGGUCAUCAAUCAGAAUGAUGGAGAGAGAUGCACCAUAGCAAAUGAAUCAAAGUCCAGACUGACAGAGGGAAAGGAAAUUUCCAAAGACGACAGUAAUUCUGACCAUCAAGGUAUGGAUGCAAACAAUCCAAAUAAUAGUUCCAACAAAAUGUCUGUUGCGGCACAAGAACCUGAUAAACAGGGUAAAAAAGAAAAUCAAAAGGGAAAAGUGACACAUGGCGCCAGUGCCAAUGACAGUUAUAAAGAUGGCACGAAUGAAAAUGCUCCUAAAAAUGCUUCAAGAAAAAACAAAAAGAACACAACAGGGCAGGAUAAUAAAAAUGAUAGUGAUCGUGAAAGAGAUAUAAAUGAGCCAAAAACAAAUCAACCAAAUAAAAAAGACAUUGAUGAUAAGAGAAAUGAGGAUACUAAGAAAGAUCCUGAAAGUAGCAAAAUGAAAGAAGGAAAAAAUAAGAAAGGUGGAAAUAAAGCACAGGAAAAACAAGAGUCGAAAAACUCUGAGCGGAAGUCAGUGGAAAAACCAGAGAACCAACAAAAUGAAGAUGGAAUAAAGGCAUCAAGUUCUUCAACUAAUGAAGUUCCGAAUACAAAUGUAUCUGCAAUGGAUCAGGAUCUUGAAAUAUACUUUCAUGUUAUUAUAUCUAAGGAUUUUGGCCUCAAAGUGAAUGAAGAUAAAGUCAUAGUUAAAGCAGAAAAUAUUGCAGGAUAUGAAAAUUGGAAAAGUGUGGUUUGUGAAAUGCAUUAUACAAAGGAGCUCAAGGACUUUGGAUUCUUGUAUGAAGGACGCACUCAUGUGUCCAAGAACAAUCUGAACAGAAACAUCCAGUACAAGUAUGUUGUUUUACAGAGUAAUGGACAUGAAGAAUAUGAGUACAUUUACGGUGAAACGACAGACAAAUCGCCCAUUAUCAACCGCUGCCUGUUCAUGCCAUCAAACUAUAUCAUUAAAGGAGAGUGGCAUCAGUAUGAUGAUGUGUGCCUUAAAAAGAAUGACAGUUUUCUGAAAUCUCUGAAGAAAUCUUGGGAACAGGUGUGGAAAAAGAAAUAUGACUCCAUCUAUGAAAAUAAAAUGAAGGCGGGGGAAAUCAUGCUUAGCAGCAUUUACAGUAUUCUGGAGACCUGCGAUGAGAUCAAUUUGUCUGGCUUUUUUCAACAACUGCAUCAAUUUUAUUAUGUGGCGGCACGUUUUACUGUGGAUAAAAUAGUAGACUGGCAUUCCCAGAAAUAUGACAAAGAAAAGGUGGAUGACUUGAUGAAGAUGUUGCUCAAUAAGAUCUGUGACCCUUUCAUUAAUACAAAUAAGCAGCAGGAAAGUAAUGUGAGGAUGAACAGAAUAAUUGCAGGAUUAAUUUGCCUCAGGAUUGCCUGCAUUUAUGGCAUUCAUGGUAGUAAAGAGCAUUUGACAAACAUCUGCUGUAUUCUCUGCUUGGAUGAAAUGCCACGAGAAAAGUUAAUCGAUGAGCUUAACAAUGCAAAGACUCUCUUCGGAAACUUUCCAGGAACAUAUCCAGCUUUGAAGCAGCUAUGCCAGCAAUGUAUUGAGAAAAAUGUAGAACACUGGGUAUGGGUCUUACCAGUUCUCCAUACGUUUUUUCAUGUAUCCAACACAGAGUCAUCAAUACCAAAUCAAGAAGAUGAAUGGGCAGGUCUUGAAGGCCUAGCCUAUUCUAAAAGUACCUGGGAUGUUUUUGGAAAGAUGGUUAAAAAAAAGUAUUUACUUCAGUCACACCCAAUGGUGAUCCAAUCAUGGCUUUGUUUGAUAUCCGUCAACGAGAUGGUGAAAUUUUUAGAUGAACUUCCAGUACCAAUUGUGGCUGUUCUUAAAGCCUGUUACUUCAAAAUUCCCGUUGUUGAAUAUCAUCAACAUGAGAAAGUUGAAGAUGUUUUGAAAAAAAUACUACAGAUUAUAAAAAAACAAGUAAAACCUUUGGAUCCAGAGUCAUUCGAGAAGUGUUGUAAAGCCAGCCUUGACCUGCACUAUGAAAUCCUCAAUAAAAAAUUGCUGCACAUUUAUUCUGAGCUAGCAGCUCUGUCGGCAGAGAUCAUCUUAACCUUAUUAAGAUUUGCAGGCUUGUCGAACGGAGGUGAUGAAACAAAGUCAUUACAACCUGAAAUAGAGAAAGUGUUUGACAGCACAAUGUCACUAACAAUAAAAUGGCUCAAAGAUGUGUAUGGGCACAAAUUUACUUUUGAGUACCACACGCCAAAAAGAUUUCCUUUUGAAAUGCAGGCGUGGAAUCUGAUUCUGAAGGCUGGUGACGAUGCAACUCAGAAGUGGAAAGAUUCUCUCAUACCGCUGUUGUGCAAUAAAAUUAAGCAGGAGGACUCUGUUAAACAGAUUUUGAUCUACUGCAAAGAGCAGCGUCUAUUUCAAGAACUUCACCCAUCAAUUCAUAAAUGUUUUGAGGACUGCGCUAUUGAAGCAGUACAUUCUGCUUGUCAGUCGGAGAAUAAUAUUCUCAGUCAGUUGGAUACAUAUAACUUGACAAAUUUUGGCCACUUGGUGUCCAGUGUUAUACUGAAUUCUUGGCCAAAAGAUGACCAUGGAAAAUGUGCACAAGACAAUGAUAGAAUUGUACAGCACUUGUUACAGUGGGAUGAUGCUGCAUAUAUAUUUAAACUUUAUGGAACAGACUCUAGAAUCAUUGAGCAUAUUAAUGAGGAAAUUCAGGAGCUGGUGGCCAUCUCAGACUCUGUGUUUCUAGAGGCCAGAAAAAGUGUCAUCGAUGGAACUGUGCCGAUUAAACAUUUGGAAUAUAUUUUGAAGAGCAAAAAAAAGUUUCUGGACAUUUGUAGACUUAAAGCAGAAAAAAGAGAGAACAUCUCGGUGGCUGACAUCAAACAAGUGCUGGAGUGGAGGGAGAAAGAGUUAAAAACUAUAAAAACAGAACGGGAGUGGGUGGGCAGUCUCCUAAACAUGAUCCACAGAAUAGUUCGGAGUGUAAAAGUAAAUGUUUCUGAGGUUCGGAGGAAAUAUUCAGCAAAUCUGGGACCCCAAAAACUGAAUGAUUUAACCCCUGUAAAGGUUCUUGGUGAAAGUAUCCAAGGAGACUCUGUGUCCUACUACCAACUGUCUUCUGACCUAAUGGACAUGGCUCACUAUGUACAUACUUUAACAAACAGUCACGUUUUCAUUAAUUGCUGGGGACAACAAGGGCACUUACUUGCAAACAGCAUUGAAGAUUCAUUCGAAAGUCAGGUCAGUGACAAAAGUCAAGAUGAAGAAGAUGUGGAAAUAACAUUAAUGGAAUUAAAGGAUAGACUCUUUAACCCCUGCCUUGAACAUUGUAAAAUCAUUUAUGAAAAUUUAAAGACUGGAGAAAUCACGUUUAAAGUUGCUGAUGACUUUUUGGAGGAUUUCAGAAAUAGAUCUGAACAGCUAAAAGAAGAAUUUCGAGUCUUGUGUUGUUUGGGAGAUAAGGACAGUGGUCGAUGGAUCGCUAAACGUGUGAUGCAGAUUGAGCAGUAUCACCAGCUUGACGUAGCGUUCCGUUCAGCAAAAGUCAUAUAUGACGUGAAAUGUUUACUAAAUCUAUCUGGAAAUUUUCAAACCUUAAUAACACUGCAGGAAUUUGCUGACGACUUUGAAAACUGUAAACAAAAGUCUCUUUCGUGCAUAAAUGAUGAAGUGAUGAAAACAAGAAAACUUUUAUCAGAAAUAAAAGAUGAACAUAUCGAAUGCCUUAAGGAAGUUUUAUCAGCAAAGGACUUUUUACUGUGGGUGAGAGAAGAAUUGGAAGAUGUCAAUGAAUUAAAAGUGUUUGUUGACUUGGCCUCAAUCUCUGCUGGUGAGAAUGAUAUGGAUGUAGAUCGAGUUGCCUGUUUUCAUGAUGCAGUUCUGGGUUAUUCAUCUUUACUAUACGAACUGAAUUCAAAUUCUGGUUUUGAUGACUUAAUGGCAUGUUUGCAAAAACUGUGGAAGGCUUUACAAAGUGAUCGAAACCUCUCCAAAAAGUUGAGAGACUCUGCUCGCCACAUAGAGUGGUUGAAAACUGUGAAGGAAAGUCACGGAUCAGUGGAAUUGUCCUCGCUGUCAUUAGCAACUACAAUAAACAAAAGAGGCAUAUACGUAAUCCAAGCACCCAAAGACAACAAAAAGAUUACCCCAGACAGUGUGAUGCAAUUGAAUCUCCAAGAAGAAGGAGACAGCAGGAUAAAUGAACGUAGUUACAACCUAGAGGAGUUGAAGGAAUUACUGAAUAAACUUAUGCUUAUGUCUGCAAAAGGAGACCAGAGCAAUCAGGAGGUUGAAAAGUUUUCAGAGAUUUUUUCCAAUGUGCAGAGGCUGUCCAGAUCAUUUAUUUACCUAUAUUUAGCUGGAAAUAUGUUAUUUAGAACUUGGAAGGCAGAAAUUUACUGUUCAGAUGAUGCUCCAACUGGAAUUUGCAUGAGAUUUGAUGUUAAUGGUAUUGACAAACUGGAAGAACAUGGACCUCCUACCAGUCUACUUCCAGACAUCUGCAGCACAAUGGAGAACUUGUUAGAAAAGUGGUUGGAAUUCAUGAACCAGAAGAGGUCUCAGCUUUACUACCUAAACUAUUACACAGCUGAACAGUUGGUUUUCCUGUGCCAGGAAUUUCAGAGAAGAGAUAUCAACGAGGAGGCACUUGUAAUGUUGUCUUUUAUUAAACCCCAGUGUCAAAAAAUUGACACAACAAAGUCCUGUUACACAAAGACUGGAUUUACUGGGGGUUGCCCAAACAGAUUGAGUUUUGCAUUUAAAUUAGAAAACUGUGCCAACGUGUUGGAGAAGCUUGAAAUUGUUUGGGAGCAUUCUAUGAACUAUAUGAAUUCACUCUUCCCAGGGUGCUUAGAUUUAGAUGUUCUAGGUAAAUGCUUGUCCUCUUUAGCAAAACAAAAUAAUAAGUGGGUUUUGCGCAAGUUUCAUCCCAGUUUACGUGAAGGUUGUCCCAAUUUGGUUUUAUGUCCCUCAUCCCAGAUCUUGUCCUGUGCUCUGGCAAUUUAUAUGUACAGCUUUUCUGAGCCUUUACCAACUUAUGAUGAAGUGUUACUGUGCACACCUCAGACUUCAUUUGAAGAAGUUGCCUUGUUUUUUAGAAGGUGUCUAACACCAGGUUACAAUGGCAAGAAGAUUUACAGUUUAAUCUAUGCAGAUGAACUUAACUAUGAUACAGCAUACAAAUCAGAGCAGCUAUUCCAGCAGCUGCAGGCACGAAGUAAUGAUCAUUACCAUCUAGUGAUCAUAUGUAAUUCGGAUCGAGAACAUUGCUAUAUUCCCUCUGUCUUCAGCCAGAACAAGGUACACAUGAUUCCUCAUGCACCCGUUGAAAACAUACAGCGUUAUCUACGUACUCAUUUUGCUGUUGAACGUACAGCUGUUUCCGCUGCUCACGUAUUUCAGAAUGGGCUUAAUGCUGGAAUUGUGUCAUCCAAACGAGCAGGAGUGGGAAAAUCUCUGUAUGUAAAAAGGCUUUAUCAAAAGCUUGUGUCAGGCUUCACCACUGAGAGGCCAGUUCUUAAAACAAUCCGGCUUAUUAACCCUGAGGUGGAUGAAAAUAAAGUGUUGAACACUUUACUGCCUUUUCUUGACGUUAGAUUGAAGAAUCGUCCUAUUAUAUUCCAUAUUGAUGUUACAUCUUCUGUGAACAAGGGGAUUUCAGAAUUCCUGUUUAAGCUUUUUGUUCUGCAAUAUCUCAUGAAUUCAGAAGGAAGAAUAUGGAAGCGCUUGACAAGUCACUUGUACAUUGUUGAGAUUUUGGAAUCCUCAAACACAACGUUUGCCAAGCAGAUUCAAUCCGUUCCUCAAGCGCUACAGCACAAUUUUAUUGACUUCUUUCCCAAAAUAUCAUGCUGUUCACCGAAAGAAGUCCUAAGAAAAUACACAGAAGAUGUGGCAGAUGACUGUGGGGAUCCAGGAAUGGAUGUUAAGGAAUUCCAAAGUGAAUGUUUCCAGAGACCAUACCAGUAUUUAAUACGUUUUGACAAAGGACAGAAUCUAGACACAUUUACAUACAAACAUGACAGUGUAGAAGGGGAUCCAGCAGAGUGUCUGCAGAUAUUCCUUUUGCAUUGCGGAAUUAUUGAUCCUUCUUGGUCUGAACUCAGAAACUUUUCCUGGUUUUUAAAUCUCCAACUUAAAGAUUGUGAAUCUUCAGUUUUUUGUAAAGUUGAACAUGUUGGAGAUUUAUUGCCAGGAUUUAAGCAUUUUGUGGUUGAUUUUAUGAUAAUCAUGGCAAAAGACUUUGCUACACCAUCUUUGGAUAUUGCAGAUCAAAGUCCAGGAAGGCAAAUUAUUAACUUUCAUGGACGUGAGGAAAAGGACCUGGCUCCUUUUUUGUUGCGUAAAAAGUGGGAGUCUGAACCACAUCCCUAUAUCUUCUUUAAUAAUGAUCAUGUGUCCAUGACAUUUAUUGGAUUCCACUUAAAGCCAAAUAAUGCAGGAGGCGUAGAUGCCAUCAAUCCCAGAGAUAAUACUGUAAUUAAACAAAAUGUUAUGACCAUGCAGCUUUAUAAUGGAUUGGUGCUUCAAAGAGUGCCAUUCAAUAUUGACUUUGACAAUCUACCCAGGCAUGAGAAAAUAAGCAGAUUAUGUAUGGUCCUAGGAAUCCAAUGGCCAUUUGAUCCAGAUGAAACAUAUGAGCUCACUAUGGACAAUAUUCUCAAGAUUCUGGCCAUUAAGAUGAGAUUCCGAUGUGAAAUUCCGGUUGUCAUCAUGGGAGAAACUGGUUGUGGAAAAACACGACUAAUAAAGUUCUUAUGUCAUUUGUGCAAGGGAUUUGUUGAUACAGAAAAUAUGAAGCUUGUGAAAGUUCAUGGAGGUACCACGGCUGAGAUGAUUUCCCAGAAAAUAAUAGAGGCACAGGAAAUUGCAAAGUUUAACAAAGACAAUGGAUGUGAUACUGUGUUGUUCUUUGAUGAAGCAAAUACAACUGAGGCCAUAAGUAGUAUCAAAGAAGCUCUGUGUGAUCACACCGUAGAAGGAGAACCAUUAGAAGAGAAUUCUGGGUUACACAUUAUUGCAGCCUGCAACCCAUAUAGAAAGCACACUGAUGAAAUGAUUAAACGCUUAGAGUCUGCUGGUCUGGGCUACAGGGUAACCGCGGAUGAGACCAAGGACAGACUAGGGUCCAUCCCAUUAAGACAGCUUGUUUACCGCGUACAUGCUUUGCCUCCUAGCAUGAUGCCACUUGUAUGGGACUUUGGACAACUAAAUAAUGAAACCGAGAAGAAAUACAUACAACAAAUCGUUCAGAGAUUAGCAAAAGAGAUUGAGUUGUCUACUAGUAAUGUACAGUUAUUAACUAAUGUGCUCUCAGCUUCUCAAAGUUACAUGAGGUUAAAAAAUGAUGAAUGCAGCUUUGUCAGCCUAAGAGAUGUUGAACGUUGUGUAGAGGUCUUCAAGUGGUUCUAUAACCAUCAUACAAAGCUGCUAAAGAAUCAGAAAUACAUGUUAAAGAAUAAAAGAAAUGUCUCUUAUCAAAAAGAUAAAGUAGCUUGGUCUCUUGUGCUAGCUGUUGGUGUAUGCUACCAUGCCUCUUUAGAAACUAAGGAAUCGUACAGAGAGGCCAUAUGUAGACAUUUCCAUUCGCCAUACAGAGACCAAACUGCUAUUUUGGAUGAAAUUAGUAUCAUUCAAGAUCUCUUUUUAUCAGGGGUACACUUAAGAAACACCAUUGCAAGAAACCUGGCCUUGAAGGAAAACUUAUUUAUGAUGGUCAUCUGUAUUGAACUUAAAAUCCCUUUAUUUCUUGUUGGAAAACCAGGAAGCUCAAAGUCACUAGCAAAGACUAUUGUUGCAGAUGCCAUGCAAGGUCAGGCAGCUCAUACUGAACUGUAUAAAGACCUUAAACAGAUUCACUUGGUUUCUUUUCAGUGUAGCCCUCACUCAACUCCAGAAGGUAUAAUUAGCACAUUUAAGCAUUGUGCUCGCUUCCAGGAAGGGAAAAAUUUAAAAGAGUAUGUGUCUGUGGUGGUUCUUGAUGAAAUCGGUCUUGCUGAAGACUCUACCAAAAUGCCUUUAAAGACACUUCAUCCUUUGCUGGAGGAUGGUUGCAUUGAUGAUGAGCCAUUGCCACACAAAAAGGUUGGAUUUAUUGGAAUCUCUAACUGGGCGUUAGAUCCUGCAAAAAUGAAUAGAGGAAUAUUUGUAUCUCGGGGUGAUCCUGAUAAGCAAGAACUUAUUGAAAGUGCUGAGGGAAUCUGCUCAUCUGAUAAACUCAUUCUUACAAAAGUCACAAACUAUUUCCAAUACUUUGCAGAUGCUUAUCAGCAAGUUUGUGGGACUCAAAAAGAACAGAAAAAAGAAUUUUUCGGUUUACGUGAUUUUUACAGUCUGAUAAAAAUGGUGUUUGCUUUUACCAAACAGACAGUCUUGACAGAGCGUGAAAUUGCUCGCGCAGUCCUCCGGAAUUUCAGUGGGAAAGAUGAUUUAAAUGCAUUGGACAUUUUUUUGGGAGACGAAAAUAAAAAUCUUGGUGAGGCGUAUAAUACGAUAGAUCUGGUGAUGGAAAAUAUUAAAAGUGACAGUGAGGACUGUGAAUCUCGUUACCUUUUAAUAUUGACCAAAAACUAUGCAGCACUUCAGAUACUUCAACAAGCAUUUAUUAAGGAGAAACAGCAACCUGAAAUCAUAUUUGGAUCCAGCUUCCCAAAGGACCAAGAAUACACUCAGAUUUGCCGAAAUAUCAACCGUGUUAAGAUCUGUAUGGAAACUGGCCAGAUGGUCAUUCUCCUUAAUCUCCAAAACUUGUAUGAAAGCCUCUAUGAUGCAUUAAAUCAAUAUUAUGUUUACCUAGCUGGCCAAAAGUAUGUAGACUUGGGCCUUGGUACCCAUCGUGUAAAGUGCAGGGUUCACCCAAAAUUCAGACUGAUAGUCAUUGAAGAAAAAGAUAUUGUAUACAAAGACUUCCCAAUCCCACUGAUCAACAGAUUAGAAAAACAUUAUCUGGAUAUUAGCACAUUUUUGAAAAAAGAAGACAAAAUUCUUGUUGAACAGCUUGAGGCUUGGGUACAAAGUUUCACCAGUCCAAAAGUAAACCACCUCAUGGUAAAAGAUCAUGAAUACAGUCCUUCUGAUGUUUUUAUUGGCUACCACUCAGACACAUGUGCUUCAGUUGUUCUUCAAGUAUCAGAGAAUAUGAAUCAAGCACAACAUGAUACCGAAGAUAUUAAAAAGGAGAAGUAUAAGGCUGCACAAAAUGUUCUGCUUAAAUGUGCUACACCAGAUUCUGUCAUCAGGUUAGACCGCCAAGAAUUAAUUGAUGAGUACUUCAAAAUACAACAUCAUGGCUCCUUGGUAGACUUCCUCCAUUCACAUAUAACAUCUGCAUUUGACAACAGCACCAUUUUCACUGAGAUCACAACAUUUUCACGCCUUCUUACUUCUGCGGACAAAAAGAUUUUAGAAGUUGAAUUACAAAACAAUAUCAGCAACAUUGAAAUUUUGUCCCUUCAACAAUUUGACACAGAAUUCUCAUUUUUGAAGAAAAUUCGGCAUUUUCUAGAAUCUGCCUCUGACAAUCUGAUACUAAUUAUACAGACUGAUUUUGAAGAAGGGUCUCGAGGAGCAAAUCUUGUUGCAUCAGCAAAGUACUCGGCUGUGAAUGAAAUAAACAAGUUAAAUCUCAACACAAAAUGUGUCUUUGUCUACUUUAUAACUAAGCUCCCGAGAAUAAAAGGUGGAACAUCAUAUGUGGGCUUUCGUGGCGGUUUGUGGCAAUCUGUGCACAUUGAUGAUUUGAGGAAAUCUAAAGAUAUGGUGACCGAUGUAACAGCACUUCUGAAGUUCACCAUUAGUCAGUUGUUCUAUACUGCAGAUCCUGAAACAAAAGUAAUAAACAAUGAGACUCAAAAACUGGCCAAAGAAACACCAAUGGAAGUGGAAGACUGUCCAUCCCAUGGCAAUGAAGUGAAUGCAAGCAAUCAUUAUGAGGAGGCCAGCUUAAUGGAGAUAGAUCAAGAUAAAGAGACAAGUAAAGAGACAGACAUGCAACCAGUCUCUUUUGAGAAUAUACUGGAUACCACCAUUCUAAUUAGAAGUUGUGUCCAGAAUGCUAUAGGCUUGUUAAGAGAUGAGAAUAUUGACAGUCGUAGCACCAGGAGGAUUGAAAUCCUGAUAAACCUGUUGAGUACAGAGAAUGAAAUGAAAGAUUCCUUCUUAAAAUAUCUAAAACACCGUCUACAUAACAUGUUGAAGACUCAGGAAGUAGAUUUGUUUCAUGCUGAAGAUUGGGUUGUACGAGAAGCUGCAAAUCUAGAUGCACUGCAGGAAGCAGGAACUUUCAGGCAAACCCUUUGGAAACGUGUUCAAAAAGCUGUGACACCCUUUUUAUCCCAAAUUUUAUCCAUCAUUGACUGCAAUGGCAACCUGGAAAUUCUUGUGAACGGCCAUGUGGAGGACUUUAUAAAAUCCCUAUGGAUGUUCAUUUAUUCGGAUGAAAAACUUCUAUCUGUUCCCAGCAACUUCAGCUCACAGACUGGAACAAUUCUGGUGAAGAACACCAUGAAUAUUGCUGCUUUUGGAGAAAAUUGCUUGCCUUUCAGCUGGCGGAUUAAAGAUUAUCUAGAAGAGAUUUGGACUCAGGCUCAGCACAUUCAUUGCAUGGAAGGUCCUGAAGUGAAGUCUUUGAAUAUCUUCUCACAGACCCCACUAGGAAAAUACAUUUCCUCCAAAGAAAUAAGUGAACAGCAGGAUCUGUUCUUAAAUUAUCAGCGAGACUUCAUCCUUAUGUCUAUGACUAUAUCUUCUCCCAAAGAGCUGAAGGUAAUGGAAUAUGCUCUUUCAACAUGUGUUGAGGAAGUAAGAAUGACUAUAGGCAGCGACCAGCUGACUCUUCCAUUGGUGCAUAUUGGAUACAAUACAUUUCAGCACAGACUGCAAAACUUAUGCAGGAUUUUUGCACUCAGUCCUUCAGUGCUUGAUUCUCUUGAAAAAACUAUUGAGGACUCUGAUGCAGUAAUUAGAGGUCAAAUGGUCCUAGAUGUUUUUGCUGCUAUUGCGUGUUUGGAAAUAUUAAAAGACAGUGUGACAGACCUACACCCAGGAGCAUGGAUGUGCCAAGUUAAAAACCUACAAAUGCCUAUAGAACUAAUAUGUUCAGAAGAGUAUUUAAAUGGCUUCAGUUCUAGGUGUAAACCUGGAAUUGACCAAAUCAGGUCCUACUGGAAUUGUGUGUUUUCCAUGGCCCUUUUUAUGGAACAUAUGCUAGUGGAGGACUAUAUUCAGGAUCCAGAGAUGUGGCAAAUCAUUAUAGGACAUACAUACUUUAUCGGAAAGUGCCUGGAGAACUUCAAGGAUAUAAAGUCUAUCAGGCCAUUCUUGGCGGUGGUGGAUGUCCUUCAUAAGUGUAGAGAUGACGUUUCCAAAUUAGUUUCAAGGUUUGGAAUGCAAGCCUGUGCAGUCUGCCACAGUGAUCCAAACGAGCCAGUAUGCCUUCCCUGCAACCAUAUUUUCUGCCAGGCUUGUUUGAGCAAGUGGUUGCAAACUGUAAAUAAUAAUACAUGUCCACUGUGUAAAGCACCGCUACCAGACGGCUUCGCUGUUGUUGUGUCUAAUGAAAUCAGGGAUUCCAUACAGAAAAAUAUCCAGUUUCGAAAACGAUGUAACGGAUUCUUUGUUGAUAUCGUAUGUACCAUGUGCUUCAAAGACGAUACUCCACCAGACAAGGAGGUCAUUGACCAUCUUAUCUCUCUACUUUUUGCCAGCGUUGAGCUGAAGUCUUGCACAAGAUCGCUUUCCCCAUUUGAAGAUGCAGUUGAUAAAACACCGGUGCUUCGCUCAGUCAUACUGAAGCUGCUAUUGAAAUACAGUUUUAGGGAUAUAAUGGGGUAUGCCCAGGAGUAUUUUAGCAAGGUGGAGAGAAACAACCUUCUUACUGUGCUGGACACCACAGAAGUCUACCUGCUGUUUGUAAACUGCCUAGAGGACUCGUUGUUUGAAAAAGGACAAAAAAUCCAAUGUGCAUCUGACAAAGAAAAGUACCUUAAUGAUGAAGGGUCAUUUCUGGAGAAAUAUAUACAUGGUAGAGAAAAAACAGAUAAGACUGUACAGUUUCUUCAGGAUUUGGCAAGAAUUAGACUGGCACUUAACAAAGCGGCAGAAUUGUUUUCUGUCAAAUCCAAAGGAGGUGCCAAUGAGCAUUACUUGCAGUGUGUUAAAACGUUUUGCUCGUCUGGCAAUGACUGGUAUAGAAUUUAUUUAAUUCGAAAGCUAGCAAAUUUGGAUGGUAUAGACUCUGUCCAAAGGCAUUUUAAAGAUCCGGACUUUAAGUGGCUUUUCCCUAAAGUAAUGCUACAGAAUAAGGAGUCUCAAAGUCAAAUUGAUCAAUUCAUGGUGUGGGGCAACAGCUACAAAGUUCUAAGAGAUGGUAUUGGUAGAGCGAUGAUGGAGGGCAAAGAAGAAAGGAUCGUAAAAGCCAUAGAGGAGUGUAAAAUCCCCGACCAUGAACUAGCUGUCUGCAUACUUCUUGCUGUGUUCCGUGAAAUAACCAUGUAUUAUGGGACCCAAAAUAAUCCAGAUCGUGGGGCGGUGACUGAACAUAAAGCCGUGAAUUUUAUCAAGAACAUCAAAGUUCUCCAAGAAGGAGCAAGGAGACGCUUUGUGGAGACAUUGCUCAGCAACAGCCGGCCAAUACUUCGUGUUGUUCCUGGCACGAGAAGCUCACACGUCACUGUUUUCGGACUGGUUAUACAUUUGGGUGCUGUACUUCUCAAUCAGAAUAAUCAUCUUCUUUCACCACUAAGAAAUUUGUCUUUUGUUCCAUCAAGAAUGCAGAAUUCGUAUUUGCCAACAAUGCCAGAAGAUUUGCUUGUCUAUGCAAGAGUUGCUAUGCGUGAACAGCUGCAUUGGUACCGUUGUCCUAAUGGUCACUACUGUACUGUUGGUGAGUGUGGUCAACCAAUGGCAACGGGUCAAUGUUUAGACUGCGGAGCUAAUGUUGGCGGGCAAAAUCAUUUACCUCAUCCAGGAUUCCAGAGAAUUCAGCAGGACGAGGACCGCACCCAGACUGGACAUGUGUUAGGAGGUCCUGAACGGCAAGGAACAGUUAUAGCUCCAGACAGAGAUCUACCUACUCCUGCAUUCAUUUUACUGAGGCUGCUGACACAUCUAUCAAUGCUCCUGGGAUCAGAAGAGGAUUUACAGAGUCUAAGCCACAUUCUGAAGCCACCUGUUCCCGAUGUUAGAAGUUUCCUUUUCCAACACAUAGAAAAAGAUCUAGAACAUCUGAGGAAAACACUUGGAAAAAGUUCAGAUGACACCACCAUCAUUGUACAUCUUGUACUUUGUCAAAUGCUGAAUCCCGAUCAGCGCGGACAGUGGCCUGUUCACUUUGAUGAAGUGUGGUCAACAAAAGACAUGAGAAACAGCUGGGAGAAACACUUUGCAUCAAUGGUCAUUAGACCUGUGCUGAAGCGCCUAAAUGAGGAUCUGGUGGCUGUGAACAAUUACAUCAGAACAGAUGAGCGAAUAAGUUCAAACCCCAUAGUAAGGAUUGUGUAUGGCGACCCAUCAGCUAGUGGAGAAAAACUGGAACUGCCGCGGACCAGUCAUGUUCAUUGUUCCAAAAUAUGGAGCUGCAGAGAAAGGGUCUCCAUAGAAUAUCUAAUGCAUAUCGUUCAGCAGAAAGAAGGGAAGGAUGCUCUGCCGUUAUUAUGGAAGUUCUUGGAGAAGGAAACAGAACUAAAGAUGGUGAAAUUCCUGCCAGGAAUCCUAAAUCUUCAAAAAAGGCUGGUAAAAAGGUUCCAGAACUGCAGAGAUAUUGCACAUGAGACCAUUCAAGACUUUUUAGACUCCAUACCCUCUGAUGGUACUCAACAUUUAAUGAAAAAGUGGACAGAGGAUUUUCUCUCAACGUGGAAUCAUUUGCGGCAAUCCCUUCUUACUAAUGGUGAAAUAAAGCUGCCAAAUGAUGUGAGUGAUCUCGUCCUUACUAUGGAUAGUAAACUCAGCUAUCUUCUUCCACGUCGGCAAGGGGAUGGCUUAUGUGCAACUGCCCUGGUCAGCUACCUCAUUACUUUGCACAACAGCUUUAUAUACGGCCUGGAAAAAUACACCACCAGUAGUCAGAAGUAUUCCAUUAGGUGCUCGGAAAUAACACAUCUGCAUGUCAUCACCUAUGAAAUGGAAAAGGAUUUGGUGCCUAUAAUCCUUUCCAAUUGCCAAUACACCCUGGAGAGUGGGAAAGAGACCUUGCAAGAAUUUGAUCUUCCAAAGAUCCAGCAUCAAAUUGCCAGUCGAUUUUUUCAAGGAAAACCUCUUCUCACCAUGGCUGGUCUUCCAACAAUAUCUUCCCAAGAUCGGAACUACGAAAACCUAUUCAUGGAUAUCCGGAAAAAGCUUGGACAGAUUCCAUUACCAAACUCAACUAUAGAUUUUAUAAGCAAAGACCUGAAUACGUUCAGUGAUGUCUGUGAGGCCAUAAACCUUGUUGAUGUCAUGUUGGGAUUCCUGUCAAUGUCCGGAGGAGAUCCAGAACUUACUAUUACAAAGUACAUUGAGGAUAUUUUACAAAUGAAAGACCAGAGCAGCAUCCAUGUCCUUGAGGCAUUGAAGCGCUGUUUUCUGAAGAACACCAUUGCACUCUGGCAGUUACUCACCGCUCUGAAGUCUGCACAUCUUCUACACCUUAAAAGAGACCCAUUUGUUGAUGUUGACCAAGCUUAUAAGAUGAAAGUGGAAAAGGAAGGGCAGCAACAACUCAAUAUCUUCCUGGAGCAAAAUGGAACAAAUGUCUUUUUGUUUGAAUUGCAUGAGAUGAUCACCAUAAAACUAAGGAAGCCGCACAGCGCGGAUCAUUUCAAACCUGCCUGGCCCCUAAGAGACGUACUCGGACCUCUUCUUUAUGAAAAAGAUGUCUCUUUCCCUGAAAUGGAAGAACGCUUUCCGGAGCAGAUUGCACUUUGUCACUGCAUCGAUGCCUGGAAGAUUACUGCCUCUAAGAAAUGGGAUCGUCUGUGAAGUUAUGCUGCCGAAAAGUAUUUUGCUUCCCUGGAUUAGAGACUUUAGAGUGUGUUUACAUGGUUGAUACCGCAUCAGAACUGCACAGGAAAAAGCGUAAGGGUACCUGACCCAGGCCGUGCCCACCUGCGGCAUCAAUAGUUGCAUAAUGUAGCAGUAAAGUAGUGCAGCCACUGGCUGCAGCCGGUAGGCGUGUCACACAGUUUUUUUAUGCACUUAUGAUGUUUACAUAGUAAAUAAGCAAACCUCAACUGCUCCGUGUGAACAUACCCUAACGCUAAUGCUGCACACUCAGGCUUUUAUACUUUUUUUAUUAUGAUGAGUAUACACUUACACAUUCAUUACAAAUAGGGAUCAAUCAUUUUGCAACCGAGUUUCUGAUUUGCCAUAGAGAUAACUAUAACUGCUGUACAUGUUAAGUAUCAUACUAUGGCGUGUGCUGCACAUGAUCAGUGCCUUAUAGAGAAAAGAAGCACAGCCCAUACUUCAGCCUUGAGCAUUUCACGGUAUGAGUCUAUAUAAGGUAACUUGGCUAAUACUUAGUUUGUAGGCAUCACAUCUUCUCCAUUCAUAGCAAUCACUGCUUUCAAAGCUUUGCUGGCCAGUCUUGGAAACAGACACUGAGAUGUUUCUAAUCCACUGUUACAGAUGUGGCCUAAAAUAUAUACCACCAAUAUACAAAUUUAGCUUUAGUCUUGAACUGAAAGCAAAACAUGCAAGAAAUGAAUAGUAAAUAAAGUUACGAGACGUUACAAGACGUUAUAUGUAUAUUUUGUCUACCUAUGAUACUUGCUCAGGUAUAACAUUCUUGAAGCAGCUUGUUAAAUCUGCACUCAGAAACAUUUAUCAUUUACAUGAGACCAAAACAAUUUAGGUGAAAAUCUCAAAAUACAGACCAGAAGCUCAUAUCAGGCUGUUCAGAUGAGACCAUACAACAUAGACACCAUGCAAUAUACAGACAUAGGGCCAGAUUUAUCAUUAGCUCAAGUCAAAAUAAUGGAGUGAAAAAAAUCGCAAAUUUUUGCGCAAUCGCUAAAACCAAAAAGAAUUGUGACUUUUAUUGACUGCGCUAUGCUUGCCAGUUUUCUGAAAGUGGGCGUGUUUUCUUAUGUAAAUGAACCUCAAGACAGAUUUACUAUAGUGACAAUUUAAAAGUCACAAAAAAUUGUGCAAAAAUGUGCGCAAUUUCACUCCA